AUGUGCCAAUAUCGCUAUUUCUUCUAUCCUUCCUGCCGCCACCAGCAGAGCGUACUUGUCAAGUACUGUGAGCAUGCGACUUCCGUACCAGAGAACGGCACGUCUUCGAGCAAUCUUCCUGCCACGCAGACAGCGGCCGAGCAGUCGCGCAUGCCGCACGAUACCAGAUAUUCAGAAUUCCUAAGAAAGAAGAGGGAGCUGAAGAAGAAGGAGGGACAGAGGCAGAAGAACGGCAACUUACCUUCAUCUACAAACGAUCACAAGUCUCCCUCUCCGGACCCGACCCAUAACCAAAUAGCAUCUUUGCCAUCCAUCACUGAUCAGUACUCACCGAGAACAUCUUCAUCUAUUGUUCCGCAGCACGAGCAGACCUCUGAUAUGGCGGCAUUGAGGCCGUUUGGACUACAGACAUUCUUCGGUGGCGGUACAAAGCAGCCUCCGGAGGAUGAUGUUCCAGCACAUCUGGCCGACUCACCCACCGGCCUCGGCAUCCGUGAUCACACCAAUCGCUGCAGUGCCCAUAUUGCCCAAGGCUCCGCGUACGAGAUCUCUGAGGACGGCAGCCAGAUCCGAGACUCAUUCGACCAGAUCGAGCAAGAAGUGGACGCUUUAAAAGAAGAGGUGCUGCGGCUCAAGACCGGCAAUGCCAAUUCACAUCAUCAGCGUGGGCAGCAUGUGAACGACGCCGCACAGCCCCAGUCUUCACUUGCUGGGCACGAGGCUCUGUCACCUGCCGAGAAGCUUAGAAGGCAGCAUGAGCAGUGGGCUGCAAUGUCGCCACAAGAGACACAGAAGGCUCAAUCCCCACCAGCACCACCAGGCCCUGACGACUUUCCUGCAUUCGACAUCGGUGUCAGGACUGCAAAGCCACAUAAAGCCGCUCGUACACGCCCUCGCUCCACCACAGCAUCCGAAGCGGCUUCCUAUUCCACGAACAAGAAGCCCGUCACUGGCACGAGAAGUAAGCGUGCCGAUAGCAAGAUUCCAGGGCCUAUGGCACCUCGACGGGUUGAGAAGCCAGAGAUGGAGGACGCUAGUUCAGUCAUCAUCAGCCCGGCAGUGCUGUCCGCGCCUAAUGGCCAGCCGCUCAAAGAAGGUCCUCACUUCGCACAGCCAACCACGUCAUUUGCUAGACGAGCGGGCGAAAGUCUACGCAAAGAGUCUGCGGCCGUGGCAGCAAAGCGUUCCAGCGAGACGUCACCUAUCAAGAGUACGAGAGCGAAGUCGCCGACCCUCCAGACAGACAAGCGUGCGAGCACAAAACACAACAAACGGCAGUCGCUGCCGAGUUAUUGGGUCGGUGGCGCGCAGACCCAGCAAGAGGGCGUUGGCAUCCACGGCCAAACGAUUACUCCCAUGCCUGAUGGCACUUCCAGCGCAGGCCAGGAGGUGGCCAGUGACGAUAUGGGAUUCCACUCCCCAGUUACCACCAAGAACUCCAUCCAGCCACAAACUCCACAAGUCCGGAAGAAGACUAGCUCAUACAUGUCGCCUACUACUGCCACGACACAGCGUGCCAUCGCGACCCUGGGCGAAGACUGCGCUAUGCGUUCCGAGCCGAAAGUCAAGCCUUGGGUGGCAGACGCAGCGGCCACCAAGCACCAUAGCGGCGUGUCUCCCACAGAUAUCGUGAUCAUUCCUGGCAGUCCAACCUCGGAUUCGAGUGGACAUUUCGAGAGUCUCAUAUCCAGCCUAAAUAUGCCGCCAACGCUUCCUCCCCGGAAACCAAGCUAUGCCGAAGUAUCCUCCCGCGGAGUAAAACAGCUGAAUGCUCGAGCAAAGAUCGCCAAUCAGUCGGGAAAGUCUCGCGGCAUCGCUGAAGCUAUGCCAAAUAUGUUGACGAGCCCAUCCAAAGCCUUCAAAGAAGCUAAAGCCCUGGAUUCGCCUUCCGACCUACUGAUACGCUAUGCUGGAGAGGCUAGAUUGCCGAAGCCUCUGAUCUCCAUCCCGAACACUACAGCCAAGCGUCGCACCUCUCACGCUAAUAUCCUCAAGCCCAUCUUCGACAAGCUUGACCAGCAUGGCCUGCAGAAAGGCAAGCCGGAUGCAUCAAAUCUGUCCGCCCCAGCAGCCAAGGCCCAAGAGGCUUUAGCUAGCUCGGCGCAGCAGAUUAGUCCGGACUUCGAUAGGUCGAGGGCUUCGACUGCCUGGCAGGCCAAGGGUGCUUUGAUAGACGUCGCCAGGCUCGCUCGCCAAGGUGCCAACAGCAAAGCAACCACUCUGCCGCCAGACGUGUGCCCAGCUGCCGACAUGCAGGAUGCAUCUCACCCCAGGGGUGGUGUACAGAUCGAAGCAGCUGGCAAAUUGGAGAGCCAUUCCUUAUCUUCGUCAAUGCCGCCACCACGAGCCACAUCGUCGUCCCUGCGUGCCACGGCGCAAUCCUUCGAGCCAUUGUGGAAAGCGGACAAUCCUGCCAAGGAGCUUAGUAUGCGCUCGUGGCAGGGCACAUUUGACUCCUACACGGACAAACAAUGGUCAGUAUUACCUCCGUCAGUCAAGGACAGCAUCACGUUGCUUCGCGAAUACAAAAGAGGUGACUCGCGCAGUUUGUCGCCUUCCAAGCGCUCGCAGCAGCGUUUCUGGGGCGAGCUGAUGAACAAGACCGCAAUGCAAACCUCACCUACUGAAUCUCCAAUGCCCGCUAAUGGUGCUCCACGCGAAGAUCACAUGCCCACUAGUUUUGGCAGGGCACCCAUGCCGCUGAUCACAGCGAUGCAAAUUCCAGGCCUCGUUAACAAUACACCUCCAUUCUCGCCUGCUUCAGAUGACAGUUCGACCAUCAAAACACCGCAAAGCGUCUGGACUAUUGGUUCGAACCAUCACCCUCUGAAGCAUCCCUAUGGCUGGAAAGGUGGCGAUGGCCGCGAGAUCAGCUUCUCAGGCUACGGUCCACAAGCUGAGAUCGAUCCUCGUAACCCGGUCAAUAUGCUUUUCUUCCCACGGGGUGAUGCUAUGACGACUCCGGAGAAGAAAUUCUCGCCUAUGCCAAGGGUCUGGCCGAAGUCGCAGAAGCAGUGGGCUGAGUAUGCUGGGUAUAAGCAGCAGCCGCCACCGCCACAAAAGGUGCAGCCUCAGCUUUGUGGCAAAAUGGAGUUCAUUUCUGCUGUUGAGACUAUGCCUGGCAGCUCGGAUGCGACUGGUUACUGCAACCAUUGUGUUCAAUGA